ACUUUAUUUGUCGUCUCAUCCCUCUGUUCAGACAAAAAUAGUUUUCGAUCCCGCAUCUUUUUUCCCUCUCUCAUUUUCUCAUUUCCGUGUUGGAGGGAAAAUUUCUAAAAGAAUUUCCUAGCACUCAAGAGACUAUGAGCUCAUUCCUCCAUCGCUAACGGAUUUAUAGGGGUUUAGUUCUUCCAGGUUUGCUUCGUACGAGCUGUUUCCGUACUAAUAUAUUUCCUUCUGAUAUAUCUCGGAUUGCUGGAAAGAGUCAGUGCGGCGUUUGGUUUGGGAGCUUCUCGCUGUUGAUUUUUGUUUCAGUGCAGACAUGCAAACAAAGAAGAAAGCUUCUGGGAGAAAUGGUAGUCAUGAGCGUGUUAGUCCGAGGAUUUCAAGAGCACAGCAGAAGGUUUCUGAAAGUGGGCAAGAAGUAGAGAAGAAUGUUACUGACCUAAUUACAUCUUCAAAUAGAAAGAAGAAGCCUAUCAGUACUCUUAAGAAGAAAGGUGCUGAACCAAUUCCUUCUACAGAUUUGAGGAAUAAGUAUGACUUGGUAGAUCAUGACACUACCAAUGCUUGUUUGGCAAAUGAUGCAGUUGAUGGAGCUUCAUUAGAUUUCUUGGGUUGUGACAAGCAAGCCAGGCAUUUGGAGUCUGGAACUAUAUUUUCUCCCGGCUUUCAUGCAUCAAGAGGUUGUGGAGGAAAAGUAGUUGAUAGAGUUGAUUUUGUCAAAAUUUUUCAGAAUGGGGACCAGAAAAGUAUCUCCACAGAUGAAAAAAUAGAUUCACCUCAGAUGGAUGCUGUAGAUGGUCUCAUUAAUAAAGAAUCUUCUGAUGCAAUGGAAGUAGACAUGAAUGAUCCAUCCAACUACAACACACUGAUUUGUGGUGAUCAGAUGCGAGGCACAGAAGAUAACAGUGGUUGUAGUUCUGAAAUUGAUGGAAAUGGAGAAGUUUCUGCUACUCAUCUAUCUGUUAAGAACUCAAAGCUCGAAUGUGUCGAUGAGCAUGGUCAGGACUCCAUAUCUUCCGAUCUUUGCCCAGAGGAUGAUGAGUUUUCUGAUUUUGAUGAAUUCAAUCCUUACUUAUUCAUAAAGACCCUACCUGAUUUGUCAUCAGUGGUUCCGACUUUCAGACCACUGUUACUACCCAAGCAGACACGAAGUUGCCCGCCUACCACUCUUGUCCUGGACUUGGAUGAAACUUUGGUGCAUUCUACCCUUGAAUCAUGUGAAGAUGCAGACUUCACAUUUCCUGUUAAUUUUAAUUUUGAAGAGCAUACUGUCUAUGUCCGCUGUCGUCCCCACCUUAAAGACUUCCUAGAGAGAGUUUCCAGCCUGUUUGAGAUUAUAAUAUUUACAGCUAGUCAAAGUAUAUAUGCUGAGCAACUUCUAAACGUGCUUGAUCCAAAGAGGAAGAUUUUUCGCCAUCGUGUUUACCGUGAGUCCUGUGUUUAUGUGGAUGGAAAUUACCUCAAGGAUUUGACAAUUCUUGGCCGUGACUUGGCACGUGUUAUAAUAGUUGACAAUUCCCCGCAGGCGUUUGGGUUUCAGGUGGAUAAUGGCAUACCAAUCGAGAGUUGGUUUGAUGAUCGUUCAGAUCAAGAAUUGAUUUUGUUACUUCCGUUUUUGGAGAGCUUGGUUGAUGUUGAUGAUGUUCGUCCACUAAUUGCAGAAAAGUUUAACCUACGGCAGAAAAUUGCUGCUGCUGUGCAUCCUUCUUUAAAUUCCAAUAGAGAUCUCAUAUCGAGCCUUCAGUAUUCAUCAUGGGUUGUACAAUACUGAGACUUGAGAAAACGAUGGCUUCUUUCCUAGUUGUAACAUUCUUAAAUAAUGACGUUAACAACACUGCAACAGCAUCCUGUAAUGACAUGCUGCCCUCCAAAUAUUGGGGGUGCUUUCCUGCUUGGUUGUUUA